GGAACAACACAUACAUAGUUCUGGAUUGAAGACCUUGAUAUAAAAAACUGACUCUGAUGCACAGAAAAGGAUGCAGCAGUCACAGAUCCCCGCCUGAUGACACUCAGAUGGGCUCUCAGGGGCCCCAACAUCAGGCUGAUAUGGAGGCCCAGAGGAAGGAGUUUGAAGCGUGGCUUCACAUGGAAAAUGACAAACUCACAGGAAUUCUGAACAACCAAAGAUCCCUGAGCGAAAAAGAACUGAGGAUAAGACAGAAUACACUCAAGGGUUUAAAUGCCGGUGUAGCCUGGGGUCAGAGUCAGUUUCGGAAGUUGAUGGCCGGUCAGCAGAACACAUCAGAGGAGGAGGACGUGGAGCUAGAAGAGCUGCGUUACCGCUGGAUGUUAUACAAGUCCAAACUUAAAGAGGCUGGUGACCUCAGAGGUCUGCUGAAACACAAGGGUCUCGGUGGGCAAGGACAGGAGUAUGUCCGAGCUGAAAAGGGGAACAGUGGUCUCAGCUUCCUGUAUCGUGUCUGUCGCGUGGCUCUUCCUCUCCAGCUCCUGUUGUUGGCCCUGCUGCUGCUGGCCUUCAUGCUGCCCUUGAUGGAUGAGGGCACCGGCUGUUCAGUAUCCAACAACUUCGCCCGCUCCUUCAGCAUCAUGCUCCGCUACGACGGACCUCCGCCCACUUAAGCAUCAACAGCAGCUUUUUAAAAAAAUAUGACCAUCUGCGCUUGUGUUGCACAUCAGAAAGCAUGUGUGUAUGAAUGUGUAUGUGCGUGUGUGUGAGAGAGAGUGAAAGUGUGGGUGGCAUAGACAUGGGUUCAUUUUCUCUACAGGCGUUUGGAUAAACCAAUGGCACUUUAACAAAGAUCAAAACUCCCAUCUAGACAUAAAGACAUCUACUCAGGAUCCGUAGCAAGUCGCUCAUGUUUUUAUGUUCGUUCUGUUGUUGCUACAUACUAAAGGGAUGUUCUGGCAUCAUUUACUCACCCUCAUGUUGUUCCAUACAUGAUUGAUUCACUUUAUUCUGUGAAAAAAAACUAUUAUUUUGUUCAUACAAUGAAAGUCAGUGGGGUCCUGUAUUGUUUUUGACUCACUGGCAUUCAUAAUAUGAUUUAAAACAAUACAAAUAUCUUAUUUGAAGACAUGAGGGCGAGUAAAUGAUGACCGCGUUUUAAUUUUUGGCUGUGCUAUUCCUAUAAAUAAUUUUAAUACUGUAGUUUAUCUUAUGUUUAAAUGCAUUUGUGCAUGUUUGGAUUCAUACCACUUGUUUAAAAUCUUUUUUUUGCUGUUUUUCUCAGGUCACUCAAAAACUAAACUCCGUUUGAUGAUAGGUAUCGAUUCUGAUGUCAAAGAUAAGACUGUCAUCUGAAAGUUUCGAAAUUAAGUUCAGUUUAAAAUUCACAGAAGUGGAAAAGGUCAAAAUCAGCACAAACAUUCCUGUAUUACUUCAUAGCAAUGGUGCUGUGCACAUGCGCUCAUAGAAAAGAGAGUUUUCGUUCAAUGUUUUUUGGAAGUAUUGAUUGCAGAAUCACAUGAGCUUUAAGACUCAGUUUUGGCAUUGGUUUGCCUCUGAUUGUUGUUAUAGGGUAUUGUAAGUGUUUUGCAGGCAUAGAUUAUAGAGGAAAUAUAUCCCUGUUUGGGGGGAUUGUCCUUUUUUUAACUGAAUGUUGGAACUCUGUGACCUUCUUGGUCUGUUUUUGAUUUCUCCUCUUUUCUUUUUCUUUUUUGCAAGCAAUGUAUCAGUUGGAAUUUCUAAGGGCCUAAGACCAUCAGGGGUUGAGUUCAGUUAUUCUUUCAGGUCUGCUUCUUUAAGUUCAUGGUUCGAUGAAAGAAAUGACUUGAUUUAUUUUUGUCCAGAACAAUGGCUUCACUCAAAAACAGUCUGUCUUUCAGAGCUGGCAAAAAGUCAAAACACUCUUGGAACGCAUCCUUGAGCUUUUUGUUUGCAGUGCUACUCAUUUUAUUUAGAGGCAUAUUGCAAGGCUUUACAGAUUUGAGUAGUAUUUCACAUACGCACACUGGACUUAAGUACUUUUAUCCUGUAGCAAAAUCUCCUUUUUAAAAUUUUAUUUGGACCUCUCUGUAUAUUAUCUCCUAUGACACAUGAUGAAUUAUCUCAUGUUAAAUGGCAUGCAUUAAUAAUAGUGCAUGGUCAGAAAGAGACUUCACACAAAGUAUGCUGCAUAUUUUUUUAAGAAACCGUAACGUUGAAGCUUGGCAUAUCAGGUUAUUACACUGCUUUAUUGUUUGUAUGUGAAGGAAAAAUUCACCCAGAAAUGAAUGUUUGCUGAAAAUGUACUGCCCUUCAGGCCAUCCAAGAUGUAGAGGUGUUUGCUUCUUUAUUGGAACAGAUUUGGAGAAAUUUUGCAUUGCGUCACUUGCUCACCAGUUGAUCCUCUGCAGUGAAUGGGUGCCGUCAGAAUGAGAGUCCAAACAGCUGAUAAAAACAUCACAAUAAUGUAAUGCACACAACUUCAGUCCAUCAAGUACGUUAUUUCUCUAAUUCUGUUCUGAUGUAGAAACCUAUCUGUAUCUUGUCUGGCCUGAAAGUAAGUACAUUUUCAGCAAAUACAUAUCUUUGAGUGAACUCUUUCUCUAAUCACUUUUUAUGUCAGUGCAAACCCUUUAAUUAUCUGUACUGGUUUCAUCAAUGAUACUGUAAAUGUACAAAACUCAGUUAUGUGGUUCAGCUGUGUUAUAAGAUUGCCAUAUAAGAUAAUUAAAUGUAUUCUGAUAAAGCCAGUUUACAGCACUGUGUGCAUGGGAGAGUUUCUCAUCGGAGAGCUUUGAUUUGGGAAGAAAAUUCUGGGAAUUAUUUUCAAAGACAGCUUAAAAUGAAAUGAAAGCAUUUAGGAAGGGUUGUAAGACAAUGUAUUAACAAAAAAAAAGGUUUAAAAAAUAGAUAUAUUUUAUUACCAUAUUUUGGAUGAAACUCUUAUAAUGUAUCUGUAAACCGAUAAAUAUAUAUAUACUGUAUGAUGCAUAUUACCAGUAUUUUUGUAUUUUACUCCAGGCAAUAAACAUGCAGUGCAUUUUCA